AUGUUUCCAACGUUAAGAGUGUCUUUUACCGGUGUGAGACCGGAACAAAAAUACGCGGUACUCAUGGACAUUGUACCCGUUGACAACAAACGAUACCGUUAUGCCUAUCACAGAUCUUCCUGGCUUGUAGCCGGUAAAGCCGAUCCUCCAGCACCUUGCAGACUUUACAUGCAUCCAGAUUCUCCAUUUACUGGAGAUCAAUUAAGAAAACAAGUUGUUUCAUUUGAAAAAGUCAAAUUAACAAAUAACGAAAUGGAUAAACACGGUCACUUGGUAUUAAAUUCGAUGCAUAAAUAUCAGCCGAGAAUACAUUUAGUAAAACGAUACGAAUCCACUGGUAAUUUACCGGUAACGGAUUUAGAACAAGAAGAAUUUAAAACUUUUAUUUAUCCCGAAUCUGUAUUCACGGCGGUAACAGCAUAUCAGAAUCAACUGAUUACAAAAUUGAAAAUAGACAGUAAUCCUUUUGCCAAAGGUUUUAGAGAUUCUUCCAGGCUCACGGAGUUUGAAAGAGAAACUAUGGAAUCGAUGUUAGCCGAACAGCAUUAUCUUAGAUCUCCAAUAAGAACAUUUUCGGAAUUAGAUACUCAUAAUAAUAAUUUAACAUUAGAAGAAAAAGCAUUACUGGCAGCAAGAUCACAAUUGUUUUUAAGGGCGGCAGCAGCAGCAGCCGGUCCUUACAGUUCACUUAUGAGUCCGAUAUGGGGAAAUCCUGGUACGGGUGUACCACCGGUCGGAAUACCACCGGGUAUGAUAUGGAGCCAAUGGGCGUGUUUAGGACCAUCUAUAUUAGCCGCUCAUCAUCAACACGCUCAUCAUUUAGCCGCUGCGGCGGCUGCCACGGCCACGAACACGGCAUCAACAUCAUCAAAUACAUCUCCCACCUUAAGCCUUCCUAGACCCCUUUAUCCGGUCCCCUCAUCGUCAUCCUUAUCACAGCAUCGUUAUUCUCCUUAUAAGCCUCCUCCUGCGUCUAAUUUAAGGCGAGCAUCUCCUCCGGUGUCUUCCCCUGAAAGUUGUCACGACGUGACUGAUAGGCACUGUCACAGUCCUAAUCCGACGUAA